GUGUUUGAGGCAACGAGAGAAUACCCCGCCCCCGUGACCGGAUCCGCGUGCGCGCUGACGACACGCGCAGAGGCCCCCCUCCCCAUCUCCCCUCCGCGAAGAGGAAACCGCUACGCAGCUGAGCCGCCGCCGAUGGGAGCCCCGAGCCACGUACCUCGCACGUCCCGGCUCGGUCCCGGUCACCGCCCAGCACCGCCGCUUCAUCGCCAUGCCCGGGAUUAGAUAACCCGCCGCACGCCGAUUGCUGGGAUCCCUUUUUAUUUAUUAUUUCGGAGGGGGAAGAUGGAGAAGCAACGGGUAUUGUCAUCCCAGCUUCUGGUGAAGAACAGGGUGUUUGAAGUGGCCUUAGAUGGCGAUCUGCUUUCCUGGAGGGAGUUGGUGCGAAGGACGCGCAUCUCUGGGGGCGUCAGGGACGCCUUGAGAGCCGGGUUCUGCCUGGCAAAGGUUCUGCACAGAAGCAGAGACACAUCAGGCAGCCGCUCCGUGGCUGUGUCAGAGAUCAUAGCCGUGCGAGAGACUGAGCCGGACAGCUGCCUGAAGGAGGAUGGGAGAUGGCAGAAGAUGGCCCAGACGCAUCCGUGUGCUUUCACAGUGUCCUACGUGGAGCGAGGCAGCCAACACUGCUGGCGGUGUGUGGACGUGACCUUCCAAUGCCCGGAUGGGGCGCUGUGUCAGCGCUGGGUCCAGGCUAUCAAGGAGCAGCUGUCCCUUCUGACCAGCCGACCGAAACGCCUGCUGGUCUAUAUUAAUCCUUACGGCGGAAAGCGGCAGGGAAAGCGGAUUUACGAGCAGAAGGUGGCCCCCCUCUUUGCGCGGGCCUCCAUAUCCACCGAGGUGAUCGUUACGGAGCGGGCCAAUCACGCCAGGGACCACCUGAACACCGAAGCUGACCUGAGGAGAUACAGCGGUGUUGUGUGCGUGGGAGGUGAUGGCAUGUUCAGCGAGGUCAUUCAUGGGCUGCUGGCCAGAACCCAGAGGGAUGCCGGCGUGGACCAGAACUGUGCUGAGGAGAGCCUGGUGCCGUGCACUCUGCGGGUCGGCAUCAUCCCUGCAGGUUCGACCGACUGCAUUUGCUAUGCGACGGUGGGCAUCAACGACCCAAUCACAUCAGCCCUGCACAUCAUCGUGGGGGACUCCCAGCCCAUGGAUGUCUGCUCCAUCCACCACAACAACACAUUCCUCCGGUACUCCGUCUCCUUGCUCGGAUAUGGUUUCUACGGCGAUGUCCUGGCAGACAGUGAAAGCAAGCAGUGGAUGGGUCCAGCUAGAUACGAUAUUUCAGGCGUCAAGACGUUUCUGACACACAACUACUACGAAGGGACGGUAUCGUUCCUGCCGGCGCAGAGCAGCCUGGGGAGUCCGCGGGACAAGACGAGAUGCAGUGCCGGGUGCUACGUGUGCCUGCACAGCGGGCAGCUUCACUCCCAGGACAGGCGGGCGUGUGAGGGGGACGAGGACGUCUCCGGCAGAGAGGACGACGGUGCCGGGGGCUGGCAGGUGCUCCGGGGGAAGUUCUUGGCCAUUAACUCAGCCAGUAUGAGCUGUGCGUGCCCCCGCAGCCCCAAGGGCCUGUCCCCCGCCGCACACCUAGCCGACGGCACGGCCGACCUCAUCCUCGUCCGCAAGUGCUCCCGCCUCAACUUCCUGCGGCAUCUGCUGCGUCACACCAGCAAGGAUGACCAGUUUGAUCUGGACUUCGUGGAGGUGCACCGCGUGCGCCGCUUCCGCUUCACGCCCAGGCACUGCGAGAGUGAGCUGGAUCUAAAGGAGCACGGCAAGACACUGUUUGGCCACAUCUGCAGGGACCACCCGGCCUGCGGCUGCACCGCGCUCAAUAGCAGCUGGAACUGCGACGGCGAGAUCCUGCAGCAAGCCGCCAUUGACGUCGGGGUGCACUGCCAGCUGAUCAGGCUGUUUGCUCGUGGGAUCGAGGAGCCGGUCAUCACUGAGGACAUGCGCGGCCUGAAUGCAGUGUGACGUAGAGAGCACGUCUCCAUCAGAGCGCUGUUGGACACCAGGGGCCUGGGGCGAGGCCACCCACCCCCCCUGCCCACCUCGGGUGGCUAUUUUGCUGCCUGCCUGCUUGUUCCAUAUGGCGAGUGUGGAUUUUCAGAGACAUCGGUUUGGUACACUGGCAAUGUGGUCUGUGGGAAUGUUCUGGGAUAACGAAGGAUUUUUGGGCAGGGGUCCUGAGGUUCAGUUUGUGUGUAUUCCCCCCCCCCCCCCUCACGGCUUUCUCAUUAAAGGGUGUAUUGGGGAAGUUACAAAAGUAAUCCAUUAGAGACAGAGGUGGAAAGCUCAGGUCCAGAAAAUACAAAUCCAGACCAAGGUUUUGUUACAACCAACCUGUUGAGCAUAAAGAGUCACAAUCACAGAGUACUCAACUUACUGGUUAAAACAAAACCUUGGUCUGGAUUUGUACUUUCUUGACCUGAACUUUCCACCUGUCUGUAAUGGAUUACUUUUCCACUUUCCCACUUUCCCACUUUCCCAACCCUAUUAAAGUGAAACUCACACUCCUUAACAUGCCCACCCGGACCAUUCUUCUGAUGCUGGUGAUAAUGUACUGUAGAAUAAACAGCGUCCUUUAUUUACACUUACUGACACGCAAAACAAGCAGCAAUGAGCCGGAGAGCCUGUGCAUGAGCAUGUGUGAGCGUGUGUCUGCGUGUGUUGCCGUGCACCCGGGCUGCUGUAAUCGCGUCCUGUUCAGGCGUCUCACAUGCACAACCUUUGCCAAAAUGCUACCUGUAUGUAAAUAGAUCUGGGGGUUGUGCAUCAGUGACUGUGUGCGCUGGUGAAUUCUGCCUGGAGAGGAUGCUGUAGAGUCACCCUCAGGCUUUCGUAUAAGAGUGUGAACCAUUUCCCUGUCAUUUGAAGGCAUUGUGCAUCGUUCCUGUUUUCUAAUCAUUAUUUGCUGGGUUGCACUGCUGUUACUGCAUCCACGGCUUCCAGGAGAUGUAGGCGGUAUGACCUUGAGCAGUUAAGCUGGUCUUACUGUAGUUGGAGGACCUUGUGGAUUUGGUGGAUUCCGCGAUCCAGCCAGUGACUGACCGCGCAGUGAUCCGGCUCCCAGACUUUGGCCUGGCGCCGAGCGGGAUAUCGCGGGCACGUUAUCCCGGCCUGGACAGGGCAUUCCAAGCAAGUCUGGUCACUCUAUAGAGGCAGCCAGGAAUUCUGCUGAGCUGUCUUGGAUGAUGAUUGACGAGGCUUGUCACUUUCAUCAAGCUCUCUGUGGAGGGCAGACAUAAUGUGUAUCUGACUUUUAUGCAACGUUUAUCUAACGUUUCUGCUGCAGAUUCAUAUCGUAAGCUUGAAAAUCCACUAAGCAGAAUCCAGACAGGAGCCCUUCAUGGUUUCAUUUCCAUGUUUUUUUUUUUUUUGUUUGUUUUUUUAAUCUCAGAAUAUUUUUGAAGAUGUAAUUUACUGCCGCUAUGCCAAAGACGUAUUUUAAAUAGCUGUUUGACUUGAUAGGGUAUCUGCUGUCAGCUUGAAUAUACUGUAGCAUUGAGGUUUUGAGCUGCACCUGCUAUAGUGGAUGGACUGACCGGCCUGGUGCGUCUGAUCCCCCUAAAGGGAACACAGCAUUAGCAUCACAAAUUAAAUGAAUGCAGCAUGCAUUCCUGCCAACAUCAGCCACUGGAGAAAAGGAAGAACUAUAUCAUUCAUGUGUAUUGGAAGCUUAGCUCACAGUUUGGAGUUUGGAUUUAGAUGUAGAGGAGCGGGAAUGACUUUCCGGUGUCGCGUCAGUCACAUUCCCAGCUGCCUAAGGUCCUUGACCCCGAUUCCCGGCUCACUACAGAGCACGUCGCUGUAGCAGCUUUCACCAGCAGGGUUUGCCCUCAUGAACAGCAAACGUCGAAGCUCACUGUGUGAAUCAGCUGCUGCAUGGGGGCACAAAUCCGCAUUCCUGUGGCUGCUCGGCCAUGUGGGCCGGGCAUCUGGGGCCAGCAGGGGGCGUGUGUAUCCAGCAGGUCCUGCUUCUUUGUAGACCUUUCGUCUCUUCUGAAAGAUUCUAUUGUUCCUGUUGCGUCCAUUUGUAUUCCUGUUCUGUUAGCUUUCCGCUGUCAGCACCUUUGUCUCUGGGAAAAGUCAGCUGAAUUUUGGCAGUAGGUAGAUUAGAAAUGGCGUCUCAGGUCACCGCACAUAUGAAUGACUCCAAAUGUCUUAAAUUAUUCUUCUCUGAAUUAGGCCGUCUGGCUGAUCAGGCCUGUCACAGUGUCAGCCUUCCGCGUGUCACAGGACCCCAGAGGUCGUCGAAGGAGGUUUGUAAAUCCAGCUGCAUGCCUGCUGGGAGGACGGGGCUGGGUGGUGCUGUUGCCGUUAGAAGCACAUCUGGCCGGGUGGCAUCAGGGGAGGCUGAGGCGCUGCCUAGCAGAUGUUCUCCGUACCCUUCAGCUGGUCUGACGCCAUCACUCCUGCUCUCCACUAGAUGCCACCUUAAUGACAUAUAAAUGUGUAUUUUUGACAUUCUGAAGCUAAUGGGGAGGCCAGUCCUUGAUAAAUCCAUCAGUAGUGUUGGCUGACCCUGGUGGGGUGGAGGUCCUGCAGAUUUCUGGAUGGCUGUGUAACAGACCUGUGUUGUCCUUUUGAACUGGUUAAAUAAAGAAUGUGUAAAUGCA